AUGGAAGAUAAUAAUAUACCUGCAGAUAGGCUUGAGAAUAUCAACGAAGGGUAUUAGCCCUUUUAAUAUGAGACGGUAGAAGAAAAGAACAAGAAAAAGACAAGGAAGAAAAAAGUAUUCUUAGGGAUAAUGAUUUUGUGUUUGCCUCUUUUAUUUUCUUUUAUUUAUUUAACUCUUAACAAAAGACAUUCUAUCCAUUAUCCAUAAUUAAAUUAAGUGGAAGUUAAUCCUUUUAUUUAUCAAUAUUUGAAUGGAACUCUAGCCUUCUUGAAUAGUUAUGGCAAUAUUAAAGUUUUUGAUAAUAGAAUGAAUAAGCUCCAAUAAAUAACUGAGUAUACACUAAAUUUGAAAAACUCUAAGUUUUUGAUGGACAACUGGAAUAAUUAAAUAAUUAUAAACUCUUAAGAUGCUGCUUAAGAUGUUGAAUAUUUAGAUGAUAAUAGUAUAUUUAAUUGUUCAUCUGAAUAAUCUUUUGCUCUCACUUAAGAUGUCUAUUUACUAACUUGUGAUGAAUGUCUUUUUCUCUAUUUUUAAGAACUUAAAGUUUAAGGCAUGGAAUUUUAGAAUUUUAAUAGCCUUGCUACUGUCCUUGCAAAGUAAACACCCAUAAUUAACGUUUUUAAUAUAAUAUAUACAAGUAAGCCAUAGAUUGGCAAUGAUGAAAUUUUAUAUAUUUAUGAAUAUGAUCUCCGUGAUAAAGACACAUUAUAAAGACCUUAACUUAUUUAUCAAGGAUAAUUGCAAUAGUUAUAAAUAACAUAAUCUCUCAAAGAUAUGAUUAUUUCAGCAGAUUAAAUAGUAAUGAUUUUUUCACAGUCAAUUGUAAAUUAUAAGAAGGUUGGUCCUGUUACAUAAGAUUUAAAGUUUAAUCUAGAAAUAGUAGACAAUUAAUCGUUAAAUAUACCAAACUCUAAUUUAAAAUAAUGCUUUUAAAUAGAAUCUGACAUUAUUUGUUAUGACAUUAAUUCAAAUAGUCUAAUCUCAAUUAAUCAAUGGUAAAUAAAAGAUAAGCUAUAACUCAACAAUGAUCUUACAAUAAAUAGAAUAGAAUUAGGAUAAAACAAUGAUUUAUUCAUUUUAACAUAAAUUCAACUAAUGAGAGUAACUAUCUCACCAUUAAAUAUUACUGAAACUUACAAUUUUAAAGCAAAUGGUUUGAGUGAUGAAAUUAAUGAUUUGAUUGUAAUAAAAAAUUGA